UAUUGUUCUGCCAGCUUUUUCCCACUAAGUAAAGUGUGUUCUUUAAUUUAGUGCUACACACACAUAUAUAUAUAUAUUUAUAUAUAUAGUAGUUGUGUUGUAUCAUUGAUUAAUAUGGUGUACAAAAGGCCAUUGAAGUGUUUGAAGAUAGUGAUGGCUAAUUUGGUGACAGUGUUUGUUGUGAUGGGAAUUAUAGUGAGUGGUUUCAGAAUUGGAGCAGAUGGUUUGAACAUGAAUUACUAUUUGUUUAGUUGCCCUUUUGUUGAAUCUGUUGUUAAGGACAUUGUCAAUAGGGCAUUGGAAGAUGAUCCUUCACUUGCUGCUCCUCUUCUUAGAAUGCACUUCCAUGAUUGUUUCAUUCAGGGAUGUGAUGGAUCAAUUUUGAUUGAUUCCACAAAGGGUAACAAAGCAGAAAAGGAUUCACCAGCAAAUUUGAGUUUGAGAGGCUAUGAAAUUAUAGAUGACAUCAAAGAAGAGCUUGAAAGACAAUGCCCUGGAGUAGUUUCAUGUGCUGAUAUUCUUGCUUUAGCUGCUAGAGAUGCAGUUUUCUUUGCACGGGGGCCAGUUUAUGACAUACCAAAGGGAAGAAAAGAUGGAACAAGGUCCAAAAUUGAGGAUACCAUUAAUCUGCCAUCUCCCAACUUCAAUGCUUCUGAUCUCAUCAAGAUGUUUGGCCAACAUGGCUUUUCAGCACAAGAGAUGGUGGCUCUCUCUGGGGCUCAUACAAUAGGAGUAGCUAGGUGUUCUUCUUUCAAGAACAGGCUAACAAAAGUGGAUCCAAAUUUGAACUCAGAAUUUGCAAAGACACUGUCCAGAACAUGCAGUGAUGGUGACAAUGCUGAGCAGCCCUUUGAUGAAACAAGGAAUGAUUUCGACAACUUGUACUUCGACGCUUUGGUUUCCAGCAAUGGGGUUCUCACAUCUGAUCAAACAUUGUUCACUAGUCCAAAAACUAGGAACUUUGUCAACUCUUAUGCACAGAACCAAGCCUUGUUCUUCUUGGAUUUCCAACAAGCCAUGAUCAAAAUGACCUUGCUUGAUAUCAAAGAAGGUUCCAAGGGUCAAGUUAGAGACAACUGCCGCAGAAUAAAUUGAAUUGGAGGAUCUAGCUAUGCCUUAUUUAAAAUUAAUAUAUAUGAUAUAUGUAUUUAUAUAUCUAUGGUUUGAUAAAUAUUACAUUAGCAUUGAUGAACAUAA